AAGGAUUCCCGGAUAUUAAGCACGUUUUUUUACAGUGUCUUUUACUUUCUCUGCCUAAACUAUUAUGGAUUAAAAUGUAUUUCAGGAUUUUAUUUUAAAGUUUGUGGAACAAUAAUUAGUAGUAUUUAUAUUUCUAGUAUUUUCUCUGUAUAAAAUCAUAAAUCAUAUUUCAGUUGAACUAUUUAAGAUAUUAUAGUUAAAUCUUUAUGUGUAAAAUAAAUAAAAAAAAACCCUGCAAGCCAACCACGUAUUUCCAAACAGCAUAUUUAAUAUAAUAUUCUGAACAUUCAAGUGAAAGCUGCUUCAGUUAGUUGCUUGACAAAAAGAAAAUAUGCAGCACAUUCAAAGCAGCCACUAUUCUGUACUUGUAGUUUGAAGAAGUUCCUUCUUCUGGACAGUUAUUGUGCAGCCAGUUUCCUUUUGUAUUGUUUUGUUGCUGGCAGCAGUUUGCCGUUGAGUAGAUUACAUUUGGCAGUUAUUCUUACCAGAUUAUUUUAAAACUUGUUGGCAAUACAGGACCCAUCAUUGGGAGUAAUUUAAAUAAUCAUUAUUCUGAGCCAAAGCACUGUUAUGUUCAAAGCCGCCAUACAUAUAUCAGACAGCGAGGCCCCUCUGAAGAGAGCCCAAGAUAUAGCCAACCCUCUAGUAGAGUGCACGGCUACUCUCCCAGGUGGGGGUAAGCCUGCAGUGUCAUAAGCCUCAGCAACCGUGUCAGCAAUCCAAUGCAACAGUCGCUGCUUUGAGAGGGGCUGUCCUAGGGUCCGGAUACCGUAACAGACAAAGAGCUGGUCAGUAUGAGACGGAUGGCUCGCUUGCAGAGCAAGGCGGCCACUUCCUCUUUGAGUACCGAGGCCUGAUGAGGGUCCGACAUGAAAGUGUGCGAGGCUCCUCGGAAGGGGGGAGGUCUCAAACGGAACUGCAACGCGUAACCGUUGUGUAAGGUAGCGAGCACCCAGGAGUCUGAGGUGCAAGGGCUUGCCCUUAAAGGCCAGAUAUAUGGAGCAGCAUACUAGAUAUGAGGCGGAGCUCCGUGGCCACCAGCUGUGGGAGCAGGGUCUCCGUGAGCACGCCAUCCUGGUACGCGGUGACAAUACUCGGGUGAUGGCUCGGCCAUGGGAGACUCAGCGUCUACUGUUGUACCGAGCACCAUGCAUAUCAGGCACUGAUUGCACUGUGUAUCGUGAGCACUACGUGCACCGAAUAUAGUGUAUACCGAGUUCACAGUGUGCACCAGUUGCACGGAGCACCCAUGCGUACCAGAGAGCCGAGGGAUAUAUACGCACUUUGUGCAUAGAGCACCGUGUGCAAUGAGCACCGUGCACACCGAGGUACAGAAACACCGGGGGGCAGCUAUGCAGCAUGUCUACCCUAACCACGUAGUCAUACACCUGGUCAGUGCAUAGCAUGCACCAGGGAGACACAAGGGCUGAAGCCACGGCGGGUGAGCUGAAAAGCAAACAGCAAACACAAGACAAGCGAGCAGGCUGCUGAAGACAGAAAAAUAAACUUCAGUUAGGAGUCACUGAUUCCGGGAAAGUGACAAGCCGGCUUUCAGCACGAAUGCAGGGGAACUGCAGUCGACUCAGGAAGCUCUUUUUACAAACAACGCUCAGUUAAACACAGAGGUCUUACCAAACCAUCUUGAGAAGCAAAAAGAGAAAUAGCUUCCUCGGGAUGAUGGUUUUAAUCCCUCGGUGGGCGGGACUGAGUGCAUCAUCCCAGGAAGGGGCCUAUCGGCAUGCUCUGAUAUAAAGAGCUCUGUAAUACCUACCCAAUGGGCAGGGAUAUCCCAUACAUAAUGUUGUUGUUGGUCGUCUUCGAAUUGAAAGGGAUCGAAUGCACUAGAGCAGGGGUUCUCAACCCUGGUCCUGGAGACCUACUGUCCUGGUGGGGGUUCUCAACCCUGGUCCUGGAGACCUACUGUCCUGGUGGGGGUUCUCAACCCUGGUCCUGGAGACCCACUGUCCUGGUGGGGGUUCUCAAACCUGGUCCUGGAGACCCACUGUCCUGGUGGGGGUUCUCAACCCUGGUCCUGGAGACCCACUAUCCUGGUGGGGGUUCUCAACCCUGGUCCUGGAGACCCACUGUCCUGGUGGGGGUUCUCAACCCUGGUCCUGGAGACCCACUGUCCUGGUGGGGGUUAUCAACCCUGGUCCUGGAGACCCACUAUCCUGGUGGCUUUUGUUCCAACCCGAGUUCUUGGAAGCAGCUGAGAGAGACGCAGGCAGAACUACAACAGAGAAUCUUGGAGAGACUGAAAGAAUUGGGGGAGCUGAAACAGGCUGUGCACUUACUGAAAAGCACAGCACAGACAGAAAUAAAGGAAAGUAAGAUGAUAUUUACUGCGCUAAUCCGAUCCAUUAAGAGAGUCCGCGCUGAGGUUCUUGUGCUGAUAGAAGCUAAUGAGAAGGCUUCAGUGAAUCAGGCUGAAGGACUCAUAAAGAGACUGGAGCAGGAGAUUGAUGCGCUGAGGAGGAGAAACGCUGAGCUGAAACAGCUUUCAGAAACAGAGGAUCACAUCCAUUUUCUACAGAAUUUCCAGGCUCUCUGUGCCCCUCCUGUAACUGGAGAUUUACCCAGUGUUACUGUCAAUCCAAACAUCUCUUCUGGGACGAUGAGGAAAGUUGUGGCUGAACUUAAGGAACAUAUUGAGGACUUCUGCAAGGGGGAAUUAAGCAAAAUGACUAAAACAGUGAAUGAAGUUGCAGUUUACAGUCUGCAGGAUCCAGAGCCAAGGACCAGAGCUGAGUUUUUAAAAUAUUCCCGUCAUCUGACACUGGACCCCAACACAGCGCAUAGAAAACUCCAUCUGUCUGACGGGAACAGAAAGGUGACCCGAAGUACACAAGCCCAGCGAUAUCCUGAUCACCCAGAGAGAUUUGACAGGUGGACCCAGGUGCUUUGCAGAGAGAGUUUGUCUGGAACUCGCUGCUACUGGGAGGUUGAGUGGAGUGGGGGAGAUGCUUUUAUAGGAGUCACAUAUAAAGGAAUCAACAGGAAAGGGGGGCAGUAUGCCUGUGUCCUUGGACGCAAUGACAUCUCCUGCAGUUUGUACUGCUCUGAUUCCAUUUAUACUGCCCGGCAUAAUAACAAGAAAAUUGAAAUAAUUGCUCCCUACCGCCGUCGAAUAGGAGUGUAUCUGGACUUUACUGCCGCCUCCUUGUCAUUUUAUGGAGUCUCUGGGGACUCAAUGAUGUUCCUGCACACAUUCCAAACCACAUUCACUGAGCCACUCUAUCCUGGGUUUUGGCUUCCUUGUGUAAAUUCCAGUGUAACAAUCUGCAAGCUGAACUAGACCACUGUUAUGUUGAAAGGGAACGUUCUUAGCCUCCUUGAGUUUCUGGGUAUCUUCCAGAAGGCUUUGGUGCUUAGAAUUGUUCAUAAGCACAUAAUUAAUGCUUAAAAUAUGCUUUUAAUAUGCUUUAUAGAACAAGUAAUACAUGGUACUAUCAACAUUUCCAAAUGUGUUAUACAUGCAUCGUAGUUUGUUAAAUAUUCUGUUUAUACUGUACCAGAACUGUAUUUUUAAAAAGAAGAGCAAAUAUUUACCUUUUAUAUUAAAUCAAUAUAUCCAGGGAUGAUUCUACCUGGCAGAUCAUUUAUUAUCAACAGACUUUUCCUUAAUUUAGAACCCUCUUCAUGUCCUUGAUAGAAUGUUGAUGCCUUCAGUGGUGCAGCUAGCUUUUCAU